CCUUUUGUAUAAUGACCAAGACUAAGACGGUGUCCGAAAAGCAAAUCGAAAAUAGCUCAGCGGCUGUUGCCGCGUUAAGUAGUUAGUGCGGCGAUGUCGACGACGAACGACGGUUCGACGGCACAGUGCGGGUGCCGGUGCGGAUGCUGUGGCAGAAGACAACAUCCUUUACCAAGGAUAACGACACUGCUGUUAAUUACGUUUUUGGUGUUAACACCAGUGGGUUGGUUAGGUAACGCGGGUGUUGGAUUCAGCGAUGCCGCAUUAUCAUCAUCGAGCUCCACCACAAGGGGAUUGAAACAGGAUCAGCAUGAGUCGUCACGAGGAGGAAGCCAUACACGAAGUGGUGGUGAUCAUGCACGAGCAUCAACUCAAAGGGAAGCUGAUCCAGUCAUCGAGGAAGUCACUGCUAAACAGCUCGAGCGACUCCUCAAUGACAAGGAUUUUGUCGCCGUUUAUUGGUAUGCCAGAAGUUGUACAACAUGCGAUAAGGUUCUUGCUGAAUUAGAGAAAAUAGACGAUGACACGGAUACAUUUGGAGUUGAUUUUGUCAAAAUCAACGACAAACGUUUGGCGAAACAGUAUGGCAUCAAGACAUUUCCCGCACUCACAUAUUUUAGGGAAAAAGAACCAAUUAUUUACGAAGGAGAUCUUAUGGACGAGGAAAAUGUUCUUGAGUUCUUGACGAGCUUGGAGGCCAUGGACUUACCCGACCGCAUCGAGGAAGUUAACUCGAAAAUUCUGGGGAAAAUUGUCGAAGAAACAGAUUUUGUAGCAGUUCUCUUCUGUCCUGAUUCGGAGCAUUGCGCUGGAGCUGGUUCCAACAAACCGGACUGUAAGAAGUGCGCAAAGGCCCUUCAGGAAUUGGAGAACAUCGAUGACGAGGCCGAUCAACUUGGUAUCGGAUUCGUUAAGAUUGCAGACGAACGACUCGCCGAGGAGUAUAAUCUCGGACAGCUUCCUGUUUUGGUCUACUACAGACAUCAAAUACCAAUUGUAUACGAACACGAACUAAGUCGAGAAGAAGACGUCCUGGAGUGGCUGGUUGCAAACAAGAGUACAGGUGACGAGGAAGACGUUAUUGAGGAUGUUACUGCAAAAACGCUCAACACACUCAUUGGAAAUAUCGACAAUCUGGUCGUACUCUUCUACGAUCAUGGUGAUGAGGAUUCAAUGCAAGUUCUUCAUGAACUCGAGAAGAUUGAUGAUGAUUGCGACAAGCAUGGUAUUCAGUUCGUUAAAAUUGAUGACGAUAAAGCGGCAAAAGAAUUUGGAAUCGAUUCAGUGCCUGCAAUUGUAUACUUUGAGAAACAAUUACCAAAUGUAUACGAUGGCGAUAUUGAGAAUGAAGAUGAAAUUCUUGAAUGGCUAUUGGCACAACUUGAAAAAGAUGAAAUUGAAGAUGUGACCGAUGAGAUGUUAGAUCGAUUAGUUAAGGAAGGAAAAACAUUGGCAGUUUUAUUCUAUGAUAAUAAUGACCGCAAAUCUCAAAGAGUUUUAAAUGAACUCGAAAAUAUUGAUGACGAGUGCGAUCAAUUGGAUAUAAUUUUCGUCAAAAUCGAUAAUCCUGAUGAGGCCAAGGAAUAUGGUAUUGAAAAAGUUCCCAGUUUACUUUAUUUUGAAAAAGGAAUACCAACGUUAUAUGAGGGUAAUUUAGAGGAGGAGGAAAAAGUACUCAAGUGGCUCGAACAUCAACAAAAAAGCGAUCAAAUUGAAGAUAUAACUGACGAAAUGCUAGACAUGGUAAUCGAAAAAAUGCCCCAUGUUGCUGUACUUUUCUAUGAUAAGGAUCAGAAGAAGAGUCAAAAAGUUUUAUCAGAAUUGGAAAAUAUUGACGAUGAUUGUGAUCAGCACAAUAUUGCAUUCGUUAAAAUAGACGACGAAGAUGAGGCAAAAGAAUACGGAAUUGAUGAAGUACCAACGCUCGUAUUUUUCGAAAGAAAAAUACCACAUAUUUAUGAAGGUGAUCUUAUGAAUGAGGAUCAACUUUUGGGUUGGUUGCUACAUCAGAAAAAACACAGUGAAAUUCCAGAGGUCACUGACGAAAUGAUGGAGAAACUGAUAGAAACAACUCCCUACCUGGCUGUGCUUUUUUAUGACAAAAACGACAAACAGGAUAUGAGAAUUUUGAACGAAAUGGAGAAUAUUGAUGAUGAAUUGGAAAAAGCUGGAAUUGUCAUUGUUCGAUUGGAUAACGAAGCUGAAGCCAAGGAAUAUGGUAUUGAUCAUCUGCCAACUUUGGUCUAUUUCGAGGGGAAGAUUCCAGCUAUUUAUGAAGGUGAUCUUCUCAAUGAAGACGAGGUGCUCAAGUGGUUGAUUGAGCAAAAAGAAUCAGCAACUAUUGAAGAAGUAACUGACGAAAUUCUAUCAGAUCUGAUUGAGGAGCACGAGUACGUCGUUGUAUUUUUCAGUGGUGAUUGUGAUGAUGGUGACGAGUGCGACAAAGUUCUGAAAGAAUUGGAAAAUAUUGAUGAUGAAUUGGACGAAACGGGAAUUGUUUUUGUCACCACUGAAGAUACGUCCCUAGCCAAGAAACAUGGAAUCAAAUCAUUUCCUACUCUCGCCUUCUUUAGAAACAAGGAACCUCUCAUAUUCAAAGGCGAUCUAGACGAUGAGGACGAGGUCCUAUCGUGGAUCACGGACGAAAACACUCUCGAAAUUCCGGGAAAAAUUGAGGAAGUGAAUAGUCGAAUGUUGGAGAAUAUUUUGGAGGAAAAUGAUUACGUUGUUGUAUUCUUCUACAAUGAGGGCGACAAGAAGAGUCAGAAGAUUCUUCAAGAAUUAGAGAACAUUGAUGAUGAAUGUGAGGAGAAGGAUAUUGAUUUUGUAAAAAUAUCAGACGAUGGAAUUGAGAAAGAAUACGAUUUACCGAGUCUACCAGCGUUGGCGUUUUAUAGGCACAAAUUUCGACAGAUAUACACUGGUGACAUGAUGCAUGAGGAGGCGAUAUUAGAAUGGGUUCUUGAACUUCGUACAUCAACGCCGGAUGUGAUCGAGAAUGUCGAUAGGAAAACUCUGCAGGUCCUCAUAAAUGAUGUCGAGCAUCUCGCUGUGUUUUUCUACGACGACAAGUGCGAGUCUUGCCCGGAGAUCUUGGAGGAGCUCGAGACCAUUGACGACGACACCGACAAGCAUGGUAUUCAAUUUGUCAAGUCAAAAGAUGCCAAGUUAGCCGCCGAGAUUGGUAUCUUCUCAUUUCCGGCUCUUGUGUACUAUGAGACCGGCGUUCCGAUUAUGUACGACGGAAAUUUACUUGACGAGGCGGAAGUAUUGGACUGGAUGGUGAGGCAAAAAAAUGACGCCAGCAUUGAAGAAAUCGAUCGGGACACUUUGACGAAGUACAUUGAAAUCAAGGAAUUCCUUGCAGUGAUAUUUUAUAAAGAGGAUGAUCCAGAAACGCCCAGAGUUUUGAGACACCUCGAAUUAAUUGAUGACGAAGCAUCAGAGUAUGGAAUAAAAAUUGUCCAAAUGAAAGAUCGUUUAAUGGCAAAAAAAUACGGUUAUAGAAAUCCACCCGGAAUUACUUACUUUCGAAAGGGUAAAUAUAUAAACUACGAUGGUGAAAUUGAUGACGAGGAGGAAAUAUUGGAUUGGCUUACAAAUCCCGAAAAUAUGGAACUCACCGAUCAUAUUGAGCGGAUCAAUCGUAAAAUGUUUCAUAAAAUUAGACAGUCAACGGACUAUCUCGCCGUUUUUUUCUAUAGUGACGACUGUAAACAAUGUAGUCGCGUUCUAUCCGAAAUUGAGCACAUUGACGAUGAUGCCGAUGGUGCUGGGAUUAAAUUUGUCAAAAUUGAUGACAAACAACUGGCCAAAGAUUAUGGCGUCUUUGCUCUACCUGGUAUUCUAUUCUUCAAAAUGGGCUCAAAGGAACCUGUAAUUUACGCUGGUGAUUUGUACGAGGAGGAACAAAUCUUACAGUGGCUGAUGAUCCAAAAGGAUCCAUCGAGUGAAGUGAUUGAGGCACUAGAGGGCGAGGAUUUACUUCAUCUCAUUCGAGAAUCGGAUUCAUUAGCGGUUUACUUCUGGAACAGAACACUUUGCGACAUGUGCCAAUCAAAAGUUUUCCGCAAGCAGAGGCGCCACAAGCAGGAACAGAAGUCUGAUGCUGAAACAAGUGAAGAUGUCAAUGAUAGCGACGAUUGUGAACAAUGCACUGGAAUUUUGGAGGAAUUGGAAAAUAUUGAUGAUGAUUGCGAUCGACAUGGUGUUCAUUUCGUUAAAACACAAGAUUACAAAAUAGCAGAAGAUUAUGGAGCUACCGAAUUUCCGGUAUUAGUAUACUUCAAGAAUCAAAUACCAAAUGUUUUCGAAGGCAGUUUGUCAGAGGAAGAGGAAGUACUUCAAUGGUUAAUUACCCAAAAAACUGAGGAUCGAAUAGAAUUGAUAACCAGAGUAAUGCUUGAAUCAUCAGUUGAGGACACUCAAUAUCUUGCUGUUUAUUUCUAUAAACAAAAUUGUCACAUAUGUGAUGAAAUAUUAGAAGGUUUAGAGCAAAUCGAUGAUGAAUGUGAUUUAUUCGGUAUUCAUGUUGUACGAAUACAAGAUCCACAACUUGCCAAGAGAUAUUCUAUUAAAACAUUCCCAGCUCUCGUAUAUUUUAGAAAUGGAAAUCCUCUUUUGUUCGAAGGAGAUCUGCAGAAUGAAAUGUCAGUACUUGAAUGGCUCUGCGAUGAUGAUGUUCGUGAAUUGAAGGACGAAAUCGAAGCAGUUAAUGCACGAAUGUUGGAACGUUUAUUAGACGAAUCACCAUUUCUUGCUGUCUUUUUCUUUGAGGAAGGUUGUCCCGAAUGCAACGAAAUAAUAGAAGCUUUAGAGAAAAUCGAUGGUGACGCUGAUUUAUUUGGAAUUGACUUUGUCAAAGUCUCAGAGUCUGAUGCAGCUGAAAAAUAUGGUAUUCUCAAUCUUCCGUCACUGGUUUACUUCCGUAAGAAGGAGCCGCUUAUUUACGAUGGCGACCUAACUCAGGAAGACAAAAUAUUGUCAUGGCUCACAUCACAAGAUGUUUUUGUCCUUAAAAAUGAAAUUGACGAAGUUAAUAAGAAAAUGUUGGAUAAACUAUUAGAUGAAAAUGAAUUUCUCGCCGUAUUUUUUUAUGAUCACGACAGUAAAGAGAGUGCCGCAGUGAAUGAGAAACUCGAAGAAAUUGACGAAGAAACAGAAAACUUAGAUAUCACUUUUGUGAAAAUGGCAGAUCCUCGAUAUGCCAGAAAAUGGGGAGUGACAAAACUUCCUGCCAUUGUGUAUUUCCGCAAACGUUUUCCCAGUAUUUAUCGAGGUGACAUUCACAACGAACAAGAUGUAUUGGAUUGGCUACGAAAAAACAGAUUCCGACAGCCUGAAUUAAAUAUCUAUAUGUACAUGCUGAUAGCUGUUGCUAUAUUAUUUGCAUUGUACACUGGAUUUCUACUUUCCUGUUUCCGUACAGAAUCACCGGCUUCAGCGGUGCAUCAUCAAAAACAGGCGUGAGCAAAAUGAUGGGAGCGCGGAGGUUUAUAUAAUAGACUCAAGUAACGACCGUAAGCUCCCAACAUCCAAAGCAACCUGGAGUUUAACGCAGAUCAAUCGAUCUGUGUACUUGAAUGCCGGAAUGCGACUUCGCAUCAAGUCAUGUGGUUAACAAACUCCAAAUUCCAGGCAUUUAAUGGUGAGAGAUGUGAACGCGGAGCACUGUCGCGCAAUUACUAUGAAUUCCACUUGAAGUUGCUGAGAAAGGCUUCAAAAUUUAGAAGCAAAAUUACACUAAUUAACAAAAUUUUUUUCAAAAGAAGAAAAAAAAUUAGAUCUUCAAAAAAAAUUUCUUUUUUCCAUCCACUGAUAUCAUUCAUUAUAUUCCAUAUAAAACAUUGAUUUUUCCUCAACAUAAAACAAUAUUUAAAUCACUGAAAUAUUAAUAAUAUAGUAGCUACAUUUUCCUUCUCCUAAAUACUUAACAAUAUCCAUGUAGCAUCAGAUUGUAAAUUCAAAAAUAUGAAAAUUUAAAACAGUCUUAUCUUCUAUAUUUUGUAUUUAUAGAAGAGAACGAGAAUCUGUUUAACUAUCAAUAAAUCAAAAUAUACUAUCUCAUAUACAUAUUAUUAAAAAAUGUUUGAAUAAAUCAGUAUAGAUACAUACAUAAUAGAGAAUAACGAAAGAAUAUUUUCAAAAAAUAAAUAUUUUUCACUUGAAAAGAAAUACGGCAAAAAAAAUUCCAUAACCGAGUUGACAGAAAUCUGCAUAGAUUAAAAUAAUUAUAUGAGAAUUGUAAAAACAGGAAUUUUUACAGAUUAAGUAUACGAUGAAUAGUCUAUCCAUAUUAAUAGUUUGUCCAUAUAGAAUCAAUUUUCAAUUAAUUUUUACAAUUAAAGUGUGUCAACCUAUUGUAUAUUGUACACCAAAUGAGUAUGAUUAGUUUAUCCUUUUCAGUCUACAAGAUUUUAUAAAAUUACCAUAAGAUUAAUUAUGUAUUGUACAAAACAGUAUGUAAUUUGAUAAAACGAAAUUCGAGCCAGUGUUAGGAACUAAUUAUUUUAAUAAUUUUUUUAUCAUAUUUGUAUUUUAGUUUGACCAAUAAUAUUCAUGUGCGAUGAUUUUACCUUCAAUACACUUUUAGUUGUGUGAUUAAUUUUUUUUCUGUGUAAAGUGCAUAAAUAAAAGGUGCUCGUGUAAAACAAAAACUGUAUAAUAAUGCACUAAAUUAAAUGACAAGAUUUUUUCUUGUACAAUAUUGCUCCAAAGAUAAUAGUUAUAUUAUGUGAAUGUCGUUUUUUGAUGUAAUAUGCACACAAAGUAUAUAGCAUUGACAUGGCGAAAAUUACUCGCUCAAAUUAUCUGUAUAAAUAAAUAAAUAAAUAAAUAUGUAUAUUCUGAGGAAAUUA